AUGAACAGACAGCCCACCCGAGAGGAAGUGCAGCGGUACAUCCAGAGAUGGCAGCAGCUCAAGGCGCAGUACGGCAGCGACGCCGUCAACGUGCCGGAGUACACCCAAUUGACCAAGCUUAUCCGCUACAUCCAGGCCCAGGCGCUCCAGAGACAACAACAAGUACAGACACAACAGCAGCAUCAACAACCGCAGCAACAACCGCAAAAUCAGCAACAGCAACAACAACAACAUCAACAACAACCACAACAAAUUCAACAACAGCAGCAACAAAUACAGCAGCAACAAAUACAACAGCAACAAAUACAACAGCAACAAAUACAGCAGCCGGCGCCGGACCCGGCCAUGCUGCAAGUCACCCACCAGCCCGCCGGCUUCCAGCCGCACUUUGCGCCGAAGCAGCUGUUCGUGCCCGUGGCCAGCACCAUGGGCAGCGCCAUGAGCAACUCCGGCAGCAGCUUGGGCACGCCGGUCAUGGGCGCCGCCACGGCGCAGAUGGGCGUGCCGCCGCUGGCGGCCGUGGACUUUGCCCGCGGUGGCCCGGACCCGAGCCCCUUCACGCCGCAGCAGAUGGAGGUGCUCCGGCUGCAGCACCAGGCGGCGAAGUUCUUGUUCCGCAGCCUGGGCGGGUUCGCGCCCGUGCCGCAGGGCCUCAUUGACGUGGCCACCAACGAGCGCAUGGCGUUCUCCAACAACAGCGCGGCGCUCGCGGGCGCGCCGGGCUCCGGCUCCCAGUCGCCGCAGGUGCCGCUCCAGCAGGCUGCGCCGGCGGCCUUCGCGCGGCAGAGCCAGGUGCCCAUGCAGCCGCCACCGGCCCUGCGGCCGGACGCGCACCAGCUCGCGGCGGCGCCGCAGAUGGUGGCGCUGAAGCGGCACGCGGCCAAGAGCCAGACGCCGCAGCAGCAGCCCGGCUCGGGCACGCCGGCCGCGGCGGCCGCCGCGGACCCGAACCACAUCCAGCCGGUCAGCCGGCUGGCGGCCGUCCCCCGCGAGUUCGCCGCCUUGGCGGGCGCCGAGGACUUGUCCGGCCAGCUUGUGAUCCCGGUGUCGAAGCCCGGCGCCCAGGUCGACGCCUUUGUCUUGCCCACGGGCGCCGGCCCGGGCACGGGCGCCAGCGUCCCGUUCAGCGCCCUCUACGCGUCGCAGGGCAAGAGCCGCUACCCGUCCUUGCUUCCAUACGGAAUCAACUUCAGCGAGAUCGCCAGCUCCCGCGAGCACUACAUCAGCUUGAUGAUCCACGCGCGGAUCUCCGACUUGGCGCGCCGCUUGGCGGCCGCUGCCGACGCGGCCGAACGCGACCUGUUGACCGUCGAAAUCACGCAGCUCAAGCUCCUCCCGCACCAGAAGGCGGUGCGCGGCCGCGUGCUCUCCCAGAUGUGGUUCAGCAAGGCCUUGCUUCCGAAUUCCCACCCGAACUUCCUCGCGAAGUUCCCGGAGCUCCUGAUCGAAAACGUCCUCGCCACCGAGCUGCUCUACAAGCAGCAGCUCUACUCGGUGGUGCAGGCAAAGAACAAGAGGCACCACGAGAACGUGGCCAGAGUCUUGGCUUACACCGCGGGCAAGAAAGAGAGACUCCAUGGUCUGCGCGAGCGGCUCGAGCGCUUGGCCAUCAAAGUCAACAGCUUCCACGCGCAGACCGCCAAAGAAGAACAAAAGAAAUCCGAGCGCAUGGCCAAGCAGCGGUUGCAGGCUUUGAAGCUGAAUGACGAGGAGGCCUACCUCAAGUUGCUCGACCACACAAAGGAUACAAGAAUCACGCAUUUGUUGAACCAGACAAACCAGUUCUUGGACACUUUGGCCCAGGCCGUUCAGACCCAGCAACGGGAGUCCGCCUCAAAAGCUCCGCAUCUGGACCCCAGUGAGGCCCUUCCCGAGCCGGGGGCCGACGAGGCCAAGCACGAGAAGGUGGAUUAUUACCAGGUCGCCCAUCGCGUCACAGAAGAGGUCACCAAGCAGCCAAGUCUCCUUGUUGGUGGCCAGUUGAAAGAAUACCAGAUCAAGGGCUUGCAGUGGAUGGUGUCCCUAUUCAAUAACCAUUUGAAUGGCAUUCUUGCUGAUGAGAUGGGCCUCGGCAAAACUAUCCAAACAAUAUCCCUUCUUGCUUACUUGAUCGAAACAAAAAAUGUGUCGGGGCCGUUUUUGGUGAUAGUCCCCCUUUCAACUUUGACAAAUUGGAAUAUUGAAUUCGAAAAGUGGGCUCCCUCUAUCAAGAAAAUCACAUACAAGGGAACUCCUGUCCAGAGAAAGGUCAUGCAAAACGACAUCAAGCAGAACAACUUUCAGGUCCUAUUGACCACUUUCGAGUACAUCAUCAAGGACAAGGGCCUUCUAGCAAAGAUCAAGUGGGUUCACAUGAUCAUCGAUGAAGGUCACAGAAUGAAGAAUGCACAGUCCAAAUUAUCAGAAACUUUGACCCAUUUCUACCAUAGCGACUACAGACUUAUUUUGACGGGGACCCCCUUGCAAAACAACCUACCAGAGCUCUGGGCGCUUCUCAACUUCGUUCUACCCAAGAUCUUCAACUCUGUGAAAUCUUUCGAUGAGUGGUUUAACACCCCGUUUGCAAAUACAGGUGGCCAAGACAAAAUCGAGUUGAGCGAAGAAGAGACCUUGUUGGUUAUUCGAAGAUUGCACAAGGUUUUGCGGCCAUUCUUGUUGAGGCGUUUGAAAAAGGAUGUGGAGAAGGACCUACCAAACAAGGUUGAAAAGGUUGUGAAAUGUAAAAUGUCUUCGCUACAAUCAAAAUUGUAUCAAAUGAUGUUGAAAUACAACGCUUUGAUCGCCGGGGAUUCGGGAAACGGUAAAAAAGCUUCAACCAUCAAAAACGCCAAUAACCAACUCAUGCAAUUGAGAAAGAUUUGCAAUCACCCAUUCGUUUAUGAGGAAGUUGAAAACCUCAUCAAUCCCAAUCUGGAAACUAACGACUGCAUUUGGAGGACAGCUGGUAAAUUCGAGUUGUUAGAUCGGAUCUUGCCUAAGUUCAAAAUGACGGGCCACAGGGUCUUGAUUUUUUUCCAAAUGACUCAGAUCAUGGAUAUUAUGGAGGACUUUUUGCGUUUGCGUGAUAUGAAGUAUAUGCGAUUGGAUGGAGGAACCAAGUCUGAUGACAGGACCACCUUAUUGAAACUGUUUAAUGCUCCCGGCUCAGAUUACUUUUGUUUCUUAUUAUCUACAAGAGCAGGUGGAUUGGGAUUGAACUUGCAAUCCGCAGAUACAGUCAUUAUUUUUGAUUCUGAUUGGAACCCCCACCAAGACUUGCAAGCACAAGACCGCGCGCAUAGAAUUGGACAGAAAAAUGAGGUCAGAAUUUUGCGGCUAAUAACCGAGGACUCUAUUGAAGAAAUGAUCUUGGAGAGAGCAGUGGCAAAGUUGGAAAUUGAUGGCAAGGUCAUUCAAGCAGGUAAGUUCGAUAACAAAUCAACAUCUGAGGAACAGGAAGCAUUGUUGAGGGCUUUGUUAGAAAAAGAAGAAGAGAGACGCCAAAAGAGCAACGAAGAAGACCAAGACCUAGACGAUGAUGAGCUUAAUCAAAUCAUCGCCAGGAACACUAACGAACUAGACGUUUUCCGAGACUUGGACUCUAGGCGGGCUUUUGCCUUGAGAGAAGCCGACUACCCAUCUCGUCUCUUCACUGAACUGGAGCUUCCUGAAAUUUAUAAAAAGGACCCUCGAUCAAUGUACAAAUCUGAGCAGCAGUUGAUAGAGGAAUAUGGAAGAGGAAACCGUGAACGAAAAACUGCGAUAUACGAUGACAACUUAACUGAAGAAGAAUGGCUCAAGCGGAUCGAAGGCACAGUAUCUGAUGAUUCAAGUGAAGAAGUGGUUGUCCGGAAAAAGGGUCGCCCCAGGAAAAUUGAUGUUGAGAAACGCAAGAUGCUAGGCUUGGACGACGAAAGCCUAGCUAAGAGACCAAGGGUCGCCACUCCUUCGACCAGGGGAAAAAGAGGUAAAGUUGGAAGGCCGAGAUUGAAGACUGCUUCUAAUAGAACCACACCAUCUGUCGACGUUCUCGCUCCUGAGACAAGGGCCCUUCUUCAAGAGAGAAUGGAAAAGAUCAUGAAUGCCUUGCUCGAUUUUUCGGAUGGAGAGCGUAGGUUGAGUGACUUAUUCUUGGUCAAGCCCUCGAAAAAGUUAUACCCCGAUUAUUACAUCUCAAUCAAACAUCCUAUUGCGCUCGAUGUGAUUAGGAAAAGAAUCGGCAACAAGACUUACAUGCAAAUGAGGGAUUAUCUAGAGGAUAUCCACCUCAUCUUCAGCAAUGCCCGAAUGUACAACGAGGAAGGAUCAAUUGUUUACCGGGAUGCUUUGACGUUGGAAAAUUUGGCGAUUGAAAUUUACAAAAGAGAGUGUCCCGAGGAGAUGAGUCAAUGGGAUACGAUACUUGACUUCACGAGCUUCGACGAAGUGCAUCAAUACAAGCCAUUGGCCGCGGGCGGGAUAGCGAUCAAACAACCGGUCACAGAAAAUAACGUGAAUUUUGUGCAAUUUCCAUGA